AUGAUGACAUGCAAGACGCUCAUUACACAUCUCAAAAAGGGAAAGGAGAGGCUACCCUCACAUCCCGGGUCAGACCCGGACAUUAAUCAGGAAGGACUUACGCAAGGACCCGUAUGCCACGCAGCCACCUGUAUGGAUUUACAUAAGAAUUUUACAGAUUACCCACCAAACAAAUACACUAUUGCUGGCAGCGGGACUCCAAUAUUGAUGGAGUGUCACAAUCCAGAGACCUUACUAACUGAAUCAACCUGUGUUGGCCGCUAG